UCUGCGAUACGACCAGCCUACUAACUUCACUAAACCUCUAAAGCUACCCACCAAACCAAACCACACCAGCAACCCACCUAACCCCUAACCCAAACCCAAACCUCCCACCCAACAUGUCUCUGCCCCUCCUCUUCACGCUGCCCCCAGGAAAGCGCCACGAGCUGAUCCUGGUCGACACGUCGAAACCCACACUCAAAGCGCUCAACGCGCAAAUAACCUCUACGCUCGCCUCGUCCCCCAACUGCGCCGAGUUCAUGGGCAAGUACAAGUCAGCCGAGACGAAGGAGCAGAUCGAGGAGAUCAAAGUGCUGUGGGACAUGAGCAGUCGCGACGCGAACAUCUGGCCCGAGAGCACGAUUUUGAACGAGGGGAAUUUCGCGGCUGUGCUGGAGGUGCUCAAGGGAGCGCCGGGGAAGGAUGUACUGUCGAUUAAGGUGGGAAAGGUGGAGUAGGGAUUCAAUGUGAGAGACGAUGAAGUAGGUUUUGAGAUACGUCCUAUAUCGAAUAACGAUGCUGCAUUGCAACCCAAACUCCCGCGUUCGAAAACGCCGUCAGCUAUGAUCCCCAUGCAUUGCUGUGUAGACCCUGCGGUAUAGACUAGAAAUGGACAUGAGACGAUGGUAUUGUG